UGAGUGUCUGUAAGAAUAACAAAGUGUCUCUCUCAGGAUAGGCUGUUGAAGCACUUCAUUCUCAGCUGUGUCCUGUAGACUACGUGGGUAAUUGAUGCCAAGAGGGAUACUCUCCUGGUCAUAUAUCAUGGUCUCAGUUACUUUGUACUUGAACACACGUGACUAGGGAUUCAAGAUGUUAAACAGUUUGGACUCAAGGACUUACCUGCCUCACAUCAUACAUUAGCUUAGAAGGUCCUCGAAUUCUUCUUCUUUAGGCCAGCUUUAGAAUUUCAGUGCAGAAGAAUGGCUGUAGGAGGUGUGGUCUAUAUCUAUGACGGCAUAUGUCACCAAAUGGCUACGAUGGUGGGGAACAGGGACUGAGCUGAGUGCAGCUUAAAGAUAGCUUUCUUGCUCCAUCAGGGAUUCACUCUAUCUGUAGAAAUGUUCAUCCUCAGAUUCUGUUUUAGACUAAGCAUAGUUUUUCUUGACACUAUGUCCACAUAUAUGCCUGUUUACUGGUGUUUAUCUACCUACAGAGUCUGAUCAGAAGGCAUCAUCCCAACCCUCCACGACACCUGUUGAGGAGGAGAGAAUGAAGCGUUUGGAGAACCUCAAAAUUGCCCUCCACAAGAUGCAAAAGGAGAGAGAUGAACUCAGGAGAAUCCUGGCGGAUUACCCAGGAAAGAAUUUAAAUGACAGGAACAAGUUUGAGUCCGAGAUGCUCAUGAUGCAGCACGAGGAAGUGAUGACUGACAUGAAGAAAAUGAGCGAGCAGAUCAAUACCGCUUUGGUCAAAUGUAAAAACCUUACACUGGAAAAUGACUGGUACUGGUGAGUAACUUACAAGGUUGUGACCCCAGCACUAGGCAAGCAUAUGUCAGCCCAUUCUUAUCUUUGAAAUAAAGUGAGGAUCAGGCUUUAUAGUGUUUGAAGCAGACCAGGAAGCCUGUCUCUAAGGAAGGCUCUAAGACAUACAGGACACAGAAAUAUUGGCCUCCAAGGGACAUUCUAAUAAAAAGGACAUAUAAGCACACAUAAUGAUUAAGUCCU